AUUUGCGGGAAGUUUGGUUUCUCUGGCUAUGGAGCGAACUAACUCUAAAUCAACUGAAAAGAUCGUCACAGAUUAUCAAAAGGCACAUAAACGCGCUGAGCUUGAACGUUUACGUAUAGCCAGAGAGCAUCAAAGGGAACUAGAAAGAAAACAAAAAAUAUUGGAGAAGGUUUCUCUUUUCGAUUAUUUAAACACUUCUGACUAGGAAAGGCAACAACGAGAAAGACAAGAAAAGAGAGAUGCUGAAGAACGUAAGAAAGAAGAGAAGCGUUUGAAACGUAAGGAAGAGCAGCGCAAAAAAGAAGAGGAAAGAGAAAAUGAGCGUAAAAAGAAGGAGUAUGUUUCAUGCUACUCAAAUUUCUUAGUUUCGUUUGUCUUCUUUAUUCAAUACUCAUUUUUUGUUUUAGGGAAGAAAAACGCAAGAAAGAGGAAGAAAAACUGCAAAAAGAACAAGAAAGGAAAAGGGAAGAAGAGUUAAAAACCCAGAGAGAAGAAAAACAACGGGCAGUUUUGUUAGGAUUUCUUGUGAAAUCAGAAAGCAAAAAGGUCUUGUAAUUUUCAUUUAAUGUUUUAUUUGUUUAUUAGGAAACCAAUACCAUCUCUUGUACAGACUGUGGACCAUUUAUACAAUUUGAAGUCAGAAAAGAUAUGAGAAUGGCUCCUUUGCAUAGAAUGUCACAGGCUUUACUUUCCUCAAAGCGAAGCAACAUGGAAAACUUACGACAUGCAUGGGUAAACGGAAACGACAAGGAUGCAGCAUCAUCACUUGGGUUACUUAAAUUCGGACGUGCUAACUAUCUUCAUGAACUACGAACAGGACAGAUAUUACCAUUAUCCUAUCCAAGUACUUGGCCAAUUGAACCUCCCGAAGUUCAAUAUCUUGGAGAUAAUAUCCAUCCUGUUAUAAACUCGAUCGCUUUAAAACAACACGGUAAUCGUGGUAGUGGUGGAACAGUAUGGCUACGUGCAAAGUUAUUCCAAUUCGUUGAAAAUUAUCGACCUGCAUAUUAUGGUACAUGGCGACGUCGUAGUUGUAUUGUUACUGGGCGUAGACCAUUUGCUCGUGAUGAUUAUCAACUUGAUUAUUCCAUCGAUUCAGAUGAUGAAUGGGAAGAAGAAGAACCUGGUGAAAGUAUCACGCAGUCUGAUGUGAGUUAAUUCAUUAGAAAUGAUAAAUAAACAGUUUUGCUUUGUUAAAAGAAUACGUAACGUAAAAUAACAAAAUAUGAUGCCCGAUAGUAUGUACUUAACAUUUGCACUGAUAGAUCUGUCCAAUGGGUAGUAUAUACUCCAGAUUAUUGACUGGACACUUUGAAAUUGGAAAACGGAUUAUGAAUGAGUAGGAAACAAUCCAUAAAUGAUAUUCGUUAUUCUUGUAACCUCUUUUUAUAUCUUUGAUCAAAUUUUACUCACAAUUUUUGGUACUUUAUUGUUUUUUGCUAUUUUAAAUGACAAAAGGAAAUUUCCAGUUAAUUUCACAUGUAUUUAUUCAUUUAAAUGUUACGACUGUGAAAAUACAGUGUAGAUAGAAAACGGGUCUUUUCGCUCAAUAUUUGGAAAAGUUUACACCUUAAUUUUUAAAUCUGAAAACUAUCUAUGUCAAAUUGCUAGGCACCGGUUAAUAAUUCGGUUUCUACUAUUUGACAGUGAAAUAAUACUGGAUUUUCUAAGUUAAAGCUUUAAACAUACCAUUGGCAUAAAUUUUAGUGCAGCUACAUUUAUUUUAGAUUGAUAAACUUAGUGGUAGACUUUUAUUUACUUUGUCUUUCAGCUUAUUUUUACGCCAUUUUUUGGCUGUUUUUUUGUAAUCAAUUCAAUGUAAUUUUACGUGAUUUUAAUUGUGAUCCGAGUUAUAUGUGGUUUUACAAGUUGCUUAGUUGAAUAUAGCCAGUACUUUUUUAAAAUGGAUAGACACAUUUAGUGUUUUUGCUUGCAAAUUACCCCUAGCCUUAUCAAUGUUUUCUUCGCCUACUCGAAAGAAUUUAGAUGUGUUAGUUAUUUUCACACAGAAAAUGACCGUUUGUUACAUUGAUAAAACAUAAAAUUUUCGAUCUCAUCUCUUUCUGUUGACUUCUAGGUGUAUAUGUGUGAUAGUUUGGGUAAUGAAAAUGUUAACCUUCAUCAACUGAAGAGUAGUAGAGGCAUGCUAUUCAUAGUUAACUGUCGUCUAUCCCGAUGUGCUACACUGGCCGUCUUGAUAAUAGGCUAGCAAAAUUUUAACGUUAUUAGACUAAGACAUCUGGGAUCCAUUAAGCCAUUGAUUGUUAGUUCCAUGCAUAUUGACAGGUGUAGAUCUUCUGAUUGAGUACCUUAAAAUAAUCGUAGUUGAUAUGAUUGAAAAGAAUGAAGAUGAAGAAGACGAGGAUGAGGAAAAAGGUGAUGAAGAUGACGAUGAUCAGUUCUUUGUUCCACACGGCUAUUUAUCUGAUGAUGAAGGUGUUGCUGUAGAAGAAGGUGAUGGUCCGAUCCCUGAUGAAAUGAAGCAAUUGCGUCAACAGUUAUCUGUUGCGGAGUAUGAAGCAGCUCAUCGUCGUGGACUUCAACGUUUAAAACCAUUAUUACUAGGACCUUUAUGGUUGCCUGAACCAGUUGAAUGUUGUUUACCAAGCAGUAAUGCAAGUAACAAUAAUACUACUAGUGCUACCACUAAUAAUAAUCAUCAUUUUGAAGAGAAUAAAGAAAACAUCGAAUUUCCUGAAAGAUUUAUUCUCAGUAAGCAAACCAAUGAGAAAACUGAAUUCCAAUUAAUGAAAUCUGUUUUAAGCGUCUAUCGUGUGCAUUUAUGGACAACAAAUUUUCCGAUUUCUGUUGAACCAGAUAUUGUUGCCACUACUACGCCUUCAAGAAGACCGAAAAAAUCUAUCCCAGAAGAAGCGAUGGCGUAUUUUAUUCACCUUGUUCAUCGGAGUCCUUUGGGAAAGCAUAAAUUAGCUUUUGAAUUUCGUGUAUUUUGGUAUCGUCAUACUACUGGCAUUCUACCAGAAUGCUUACAAUAUAUGGAAUAUAAAAAAUAUAAUGCUUCUUCAUUGGGUUCAUCAAUCUCACGCGGUGGUGGUCUUCCUGUUUUAUCUGGUCCAGGUUGGGAUAGUUUACCAUUAAGUCAAUCACUUGUGUUAUCCAAAUUAUCUGAGAUCGCGGUUUUCACAGAAGGAAGGUGGAUGGUUAACACAGAAAUACUUCAGAAAUAUGCUUCACGUCUUUGUAAUCUGUGCAAUAUUCAAGAAUUAAGUGGUGGUAUUGCUGGUAGUUUGAACAAAGUUGAUAAAGAUUAUUUUAAUAAUCUUAUAUUUCCUUCAUGGGAAUAUUUAACAGAUGUAGCGGUGACUAGUAGCAGAGUAAAUCGUGGUACAUCAACAACUAGUCGUCGAUCUCUAGAAGUACCACAAUCACAAUUACAGGCAACUGUAGAUCGUUUACAUGAACCGCACAAAAAUGUAAUGACUAUCAAUAAUUGUCCAGUUGUUUUAUUGCAGCCUCUACAAUCUUCAGAUGUUGUAGUAUCAAGUAAGCAAACUGAUAAGGAAUUAUCAAUUCAUAAAAAUGAACAAUUGUUUCAAUCUAAAAAAUUCAUUCAUCCGAAAAAGACAUUAAUUUAUCGGUUAGCAUAAGUCAGGAGAACUGUUCUUCUUCAAAAGUGACUACUACUAUUGCUUCUACUGGUUCGUCCCAUACUCCAAGCCGAAGAAAAGGAGUUACUAACAAGAUUCCCACAAAUGAAAAAGACACUCCUUCAUCUGUCAAUAACAGUAAAGAAAACUAUUCUCCGAAAGUGACUACUACCACUGGUUCAUUACAAACUCCAGGUCGAAAAAGAGUAACUUUGGAUUCAUUUCUUAUACCACCUGCAAAACGAUCAAACGUUAAUUUAUGUUCUGAAAUUCAGUCAGAUGAAGAUUGUGUUAUUGUAGACUCAAAAUGACAAUUAUUUCACUCUCACAAUAUAUAUGUAUAUUGUUUGAAAAUAUUUGUGAAUAGUCUAGGAGAUAUAUAGUUUAUGUGUGCAUACCUCAGUAUUUACGUUUUUCGAAACCGUGUUUUGUUUAGGGUGAUUUAACCCCUGCUUAUCUCAUUACCAUUUCAAUCCUCUCUUAUUUCAUAAUAAUUGUCUACUCUCUAAUCUAUGUAUAAAAAUUAGUUUAAAGGGAUGCAUGCUAAAUCCAUAUUCCGUAUGCUCUUUUUGUUAUUUUUUUGUUAACAUGUGAAACUAUGAAGUACUAUUAAGUAACUGAAAUAUAUACUUUAUCUCCUCUCUCGCUCUUCACAUAUACUGUUUUAUAGAAAUUCUUUGUAAAGAUUUCAUCUAUUGUUUAUACAUAUUUCAUUAUUUUGAAGAUAAACAAAAGUAAAGUAUAGUGGACUAUUGUUUUUCCUCUCCUUCACCAAUGUGUGCUUCACAUUAUCAUCUAUUUUUGUAUAUUUAUGUGUUUAUGAUCAGCCAAAAAAUAUGUUUCUCUAUUCAACAACUUGUAGAUGUUUUUUUCGAAAAAAAAGUUAAUAAUUUUGUUUU